AUGGCAACUGGUACGAAGGGACUGCACCGCAAAGAGCGAGGAGGAGGAGGAGGAGGAGGAGGAGGAGGGGACUUUAAGUGCUGCGUGGAUGACGGCUGCGGCUCAAGGUCGUGGGUGAACGCUGUCGGCGGGAGGAGGAACGAACGCGCACAGCUCUCGCUUGGGGAACAUGCAAUCCAAACAACGCAUCAACAAUCCACGCCUAAUUCACGUGGCUCAUCAAUUUCCCUCAUAGCCUGCGGCGCCAACUUGGAAGCGACAACUGCAUUCGAGCUUCCUGUCAUGAAAACUGGUUCAGGAAUGUACCUAGCAUUUAUACGAACAGUACAGGACUAUCAGCCUCAUUCUUGUGGCUUAUCGGCUAUUCGUAUCGAGACUCGCAGCUUCCUGCUCGCUGUUGCGAAGAUGAGUCCUGAAGUACUCGCAGCGUUCUCUGCCCGGAUCCCACCGAAAGUGGUCCAAUGA